AUGCUGCCUCAGAAUCAAAGACUCCUUAACCUGUAUCUCUCUAUUUCUGUGUGUUUCUCAGGUAACAUCUUUGUGGUGAGUUUGGCGGUGGCAGAUCUGGUGGUGGCCAUCUAUCCGUAUCCGCUGGUCCUGACCUCCAUAUUUCACCGGGGCUGGAACCUGGGAUACAUGCACUGCCAGAUCAGCGGCUUCCUGAUGGGCGUCAGUGUAAUUGGCUCCAUUUUCAACAUCACCGGCAUCGCAAUUAACCGCUACUGUUAUAUCUGCCACAGCCUCAAAUAUGACAAACUCUACAGCGACAAAAACUCAGUUUGCUAUGUACUGCUAAUCUGGGCCUUGACGGUGCUUGCAAUUGUGCCCAACUUAUUCGUAGGCUCCCUGCAGUAUGAUCCACGGGUUUAUUCCUGUACGUUCGAGCAGUCGGCGAGCUCGGCCUACACGAUCGCUGUCGUCUUCUUCCAUUUUAUCCUUCCCAUCAUGAUCGUCACCUACUGCUACCUGCGAAUCUGGAUUUUGGUCAUACAGGUGCGACGACGAGUGAAGCCCGACAAUCGUCCCAAGCUCACGCCUCACGACGUGCGAAACUUUGUCACAAUGUUUGUUGUUUUCGUGCUCUUUGCAGUGUGCUGGGCACCAUUAAACUUCAUCGGGUUGGCGGUGGCGAUUUCUCCAGAGCGUGUGGUUCCUUUAAUACCCGAAUGGCUCUUUGUGGCAAGUUAUUUCAUGGCCUACUUUAACAGUUGCCUCAAUGCAAUCGUCUAUGGAGUUUUGAACCAGAACUUCCGCCGCGAGUAUAAGCGCAUUGUGGUUUCGGUAUGUACUGCGAGAAUCUUCUUUGCGGAAAGUUCAAAUGAAGCGCAAGAGAGACUAAAGAGCAAACCCUCGCCACUCAUGACCAACAACAAUCAGGUCAAGGUGGACUCUGUGUGAGUGUAUAUUGUGUAAGACGUGAAAAGAUCACAACAAAAUGAAUGUUUGCUUAAAAGUAAGCAAACUUGAUUUAGAAAAAAUAUCUGAUGACCAAAUAUGUUGUCAGGAAGCAGCGCCUAGCCCUGAAACUGUGAUUGUUGCCUCAACACAAUCAAAACA